AUGUUAGAAAGUACUGCUUCGCCACCGAUAGGCCUGCGCUGGCGGUCUUCGUCUUGGUUCACGACGAUAGUCGUGGGGUUGGGCAUAACGACCGACCUUCUCGUUUACUCUAUCAUCAUCCCGGUCCUGCCUUUCCAGCUGCAGGAGCUGGGAUAUAGUGGCGUGUCCGGCCUGGUAGGAUGGCUACUCUUCGCAUACUCCGCCGGUCUGGCCCUUUUUACCAUCCCCAUCGCCGUACUCUCUGAGCGCUGGGGCGCACGCCGCUGGCCGCUCAUUGUGGGCCUCCUUAUCCUCGUCGGCUCACAAGUCAUGAUGAUGGAGGCGCCCACGUACUGGGUGAUGUGCCUCGCGCGCAUCAUCCAGGGCUUCGCGAGCAGCAUUGUGUGGGUGCUCGGCCUCGCGCUGCUGUGCGACUGCACGCCUGCGAGCUCAGUCGGGCAGAAGCUGGGUUUUGCGAUGAUGGGGCUGUCGGUUGGCUCGAUCGUGGGCCCACCAGUCGGCGGUGCGCUGUAUGAGCGCUUUGGCUUCCGCGGACCCUUCAUCUUUGGUAUCGGGUGCAGCGUCGCAGACCUGGUCGGCCGCAUCGUCAUAAUCGAGCGCAAGGAUGCUCUGCGAUGGGCGCAGACGGGUGCUCCGGCAGCUCCAGGAGGGUUGGAAGAGGGCCGGUCGUCGCCCUCGGUCGUCUCGCCUCCAGAUGCCGUUGCGCGAACGAUAUCGAACAGUUCUUCCCGCAAGCCCCAUUUCUCUGCCGUGCAAGUCCUGCACAAGCUCCGCCGCUCACCUCGCGCGAUCGUGACUGUCUUCAUGACCUUUGUUUGGGGGUACGUUCUCUUCGCCCAAGAACCCACUAUGCCGCUGCAUCUCGAGGAUAAUUAUGGCCUCAGCUCGUCCAAGGUCGGCUUGAUUUACCUUGCAGGGGUCAUUCCGACGCUAUUCUCCUCGCCAAUUACAGGCUGGUACACGGACUACAAGGGCGCAGAGUGGGCGAUCUCGUGGUCGCUUCUACUCGGCCUCCCGUGGUGGGCAGUCAUAACAAUUGAUGGGCACCUGGCGCUGUUCAUUGUGGCAUACUGCUUUGAGAACCUUUUCGUUUCGGGCGUAGUUUCACCGCUAACGGCCGAGCUAGCUGCUGUCGCUCGAGAUAUCGAGGGUGUCGGAUACGCUCAUGUGUACGGCGCCUUCAACCUGGCAUACGGUAUCGGGUCUUCAAUGUACGACCACCUCACCAGGGGAUGGCUGGCAGUCUGCCUCCUCGCGUUGGGACUUUCGGUCAUGAGUCUCACCCUCGCGUUCUGCUACACCGGGGAGAGGCCGCUUGGGAGGAGGCUGUUGGACCUUUUGAGGAAGAGGACGCGCAAGGCUGAGCCAGCAGCUCCGGAGACUUAG